AUGUCCGCCGCCGUAGCAGCCGCCGCAGCCGCCGCCGCCGCGGGAUCCAUGGGGAGCAACUCCACCAGCAGCGGCUCCUCCUCAUCAGGAUCAGGCACCAACGACCACCACCACCACCACCAGUACUACCAGGUGGCGGCAGUGGCGCCGCAGCCCCCGCAGCCGCUGAGCCGGUACGAGUCGCAGAAGCGGCGGGACUGGAACACGUUCGGGCAGUACCUGAGGAACCACAGGCCGCCGCUGGCGCUGUCGCGGUGCAGCGGGGCCCACGUGCUGGAGUUCCUGAGGUACCUGGACCAGUUCGGGAAGACCAAAGUCCACACCCCCAACUGCCCCUUCUUCGGCCACCCGCACCCUCCGGCCCCAUGCCCCUGCCCGCUCAAGCAGGCCUGGGGCAGCCUCGACGCGCUCAUCGGCCGCCUGCGGGCAGCCUUCGAGGAGAACGGCGGGCUGCCCGAGACCAACCCGUUCGGGGCACGCGCCGUGAGGCUGUACCUGAGGGAAGUGAGGGACGAGCAGUCAAAGGCCAGGGGGAUCACCUACGAGAAGAAGAAGCGCAAGAAGCCCCCUUCCUCCUCAUCCGCCGCCAAUCUGGCUCCCGUUGGCGGUGUUAAUGGGAAUAAACUGGCGGCCGACAGAGGCGGCGGCGUCGUGGUCGGUAAUAAUCCUCAUCACCUGGAUUUCUCCGCUUUGAGAGAGUUGGCUUGA